AUGAACCCCUCCUCCGUGAUCUUUGAGCUCCUCCCCAGCAGGAGGGCAGCCGAGCGGCUGUCGGUUAACCCCGCCACUGGAGGCCCUCGCAAGUUCCAUAUCCGUCGGCUCUUCGACCUCCUCCAGCUGUGCUUGUUGCGCCGCCAACACGACCAGGCCAGACAGAUCUGGUCUAUCCUCGUAAGAUGCCGGGAGGUCGAUUUCCCUGCGCUGUGGGACCUCGGUCUUCGAGUCAUGAAUCUGCCCCAUCCCUCCACCCCACUCGCUGAUCAGUCCGCAAUCGACAAUCAUCUCAACUACCUCAAGGCGUGCAGAAACCUCAGCGACCAGGAGACCGCCAAGGUCUUGAUCGAAUAUGUUUCUGUGUUGGUAUCUGUUGGUCGACUCAGAGAGGCCCUCGAUGAGCUCCAGCUCUGGCUAUCAUCCCUCCCCUGUUCUCAGCAUGCUGGACUCCAUGAAUAUGCCGGAAGACCCCUGAAACUCACCGAGUAUCUGGACGCGAUUUCGGAUCAUGUCAUGUUUGGUAGAGCCAAGGCCUACUUCGAACGAGCACAGUCACUCGACCCCACCUGUGUUCUUUCCCCUGCCUAUCUCGAACUAGUCAGUUCGCUCAAGCUGCCAUCCCUCGAGAGUUUCCAGCAGUCUGACGACACUCCCACUCUUGCCAAGAUGAGCAACUGUUCUCCUCAGGAUGAUGACGAUGAGAUCGAUCAGCUCUAA